AUGGUUUACUUGGUCCUGCCAACUCUCGCCGCAGCGUCGGUCCUUUGCAUCAUGGCUCUACUAGCCCCCACUGCUCUUGCCCAUCAAAUUGUGCUGGAUCCGCCGCCCUGUUGGACGACAAACGACAAGGACACCAGGUACAAUCCGCUUGCGUUUCUCGAGAACCAGGGAUUUAAAACGAGCUUAACCUUUGCCGGUUCGGAAGCACAGAAAACAUACGGCACGCUCCGUGAAUUCCUCGACAAAGCCAAGUACAAUGUGGCCAAGGGUGCCAACUUUAGCAGCGGCUUCACCGACGCCGAGGGCACCCCGCGGCCAAUUCCGUCAAAGGGCAUUUUUCGCACCACGGGUUACACGCACAAUGGACCGUGUGCAGUAUACCUAAACAAAAAGCUGGUGCUGGACGGUGAGGAUUGCCACACGCAGUAUCCUGGCAAGGACCACAUAAUCGACUAUUCGUCGUGCGGGCAAAAGUGCUUGCUUCGCUGGUACUGGCUUGGUAUUCGUCAAAUCAAGGACAAAGUGUCGUGGCAGGUGUACAAGGCGAUUAUUCCUCUGACGGCUGAAAAACCAUCGUCAAAAGAAAAAUAA